AUGAACGUCGGAAUAUUUGGGGUGCAGGGGUUUGGCUGGAGCCUCCGGCAACACGAAGCCAGGUGUGCCGCAACUUCUGCAACAACCACGGUCGAGGCAACCACGACGGAGCCCAUGCUUGCAGCUGGGCUCGUGGAGGCAGCAACGACUUUGGCAUCGCGUGUGGAAGUUGCAGUCGACGUCUCAGUUCUCCGUGAAAAAGACUCAGUCAGAUGUUUGCAUGUUCCGAAGGAUGAGCUGAAGCAGUUGUGGGAAGCCGAUGUCGAGAUGGCCAGUGCGGUCAUGCUCCUGGGCCUUCUUACGUGGAGGCCGGGGUCGAGUGACGCGGGCCCGCUGUGUUUAGCGCUGGGGAUGGGUCCCGGCGAUGAUGGUGAAAUAUUGGUCAAAGCACGGCCGGGCAGGCUGCCACGACGGGCGCCCUGUCAGGAAUCAGCACUGAAUUUGGAACUCCUUUCCAACGAGCUCCCACCAAAAGAGCACAUGGAUACAAAUUCCAUAGUCAAUUUCAACGAGGACUUCCGCGACAUUGCGCUGCGGCGAUGCGCGAAGCUACAGCAGGUGCGCAAGGCCUGGCGCCCAAUUUGA